AUGAGGACUGGCAGACGAAAUCGCGGAGCACUUUCAUGUGCCGAAUGUCGAAGACCGGCUCUCGGCUACAGAUGCAGUCGAGUCUUUCCUUGUAGUAACUGUGUCAAGAAAGGAUGUUCUGCAAUCUGUCCCGAUGGCUCUCUAACUACAGGAAAGGGCAACCGGUACGCUAGUUUUGCCUCUUUGUACCUCGAAAUAUCGUGGCUGAGAACGUUGAUUAGAUUCGUCCUGGCGAACACUGAGGCUUUACAUGACAAAAUUGGUCAACUGGCCCAACGCGUACGAGAGCUGGAGGACGCGCUUCAAGAGGCCCACUCAAGAUAUAGCUCUGAGCGGCACCAGCUACUGAGUGAUGAACUUCUACAGAUAAAACGACCGCUAGAGCGAGAGGUUGAUGCCUCGCCAAUUGAGCGAACAACGAAAGUCGAUCAGGCAGACGCUGUAGAUGCGAUGGGCCACUUAUCCAUAUCCCCAAAGGGCCGCACUACAUUUUUUGGUACUGCAGCCAACGCUUGGCCUUUUGGAAUUCAGAAUGAAGCUGGGAGCGAUGGAGAAGACACAGAAGAACAGCGGACCGUAUUCGAGUUCUCAAAGCCAGCCGAACUGCCGUGGUUGAGUUUUGCCUUUCCGUUUGCACCCCCGAUCAGCAAGACCACGGACAGUCUUCGUGGAGCCAUUUACGAUCUCCUUCCUCCACAAGAAGUUGCUCAAAGAUUUUGCAAGAAUUAUUUCAGACACGCAGCUUGGAUGUAUGAACCAAUCACUGAAAGUGACUUCUAUGAACAUAUGUAUCGGCCUAUGUAUGGUGCAGCUACAUCCUCGGAGGAACCGAUGACUUCCCAUGACCUAGCUGUCCUGUGUAUGGUCCUUGCUCUCGGAUCACUUCUGGAUCUAGAUAAACCGAUUGACGUGAAUGAGCAUUCCCAACUCUAUCAACUCGGACGUGCAGCCCUCUCGUUGGACUCGGUGUUCGAACAACAAUCUAUCGCUGCAAUCCAGGCCCUCCUGAUCAUGUGCCAUUACAUGUUUCUCUCGCACAUCGAAGGGCCGAGAUGGGCCAUCAUGGGAUUGGUAGUCAAACUGGCACAUAGUCUCCCUUUAGAUCGCGACGGUGGCCAAUGGAAUCUCGACGACGUCGAGGGCCAAAAGCGCAGAUGUCUCCUAUGGGAAAUUUAUGUCUACGAUUCAUGGCAGAGCCUGACAUUUGGAAGGCCCCCAUCGUUUGCUCUAUGUCACAUCGACACUAAGAUGCCGUUCGAGAAGACCAGGAAUGAGAAAGGCGACGCGAAUCUCGAUUUAGUCGCCGCCUGGAAACACAGAUUUGCAUCUGAGUGCCAAAGCUAUGUGCAGGAUCAAGCGUUCGGGGCUCGUCCAAUAAGCUAUAAGAGAAUCCAAGAACUCGACAAGUCCGUCAGGGAUUUUUACAUCCCGCCGUCUCUUCAAGUGCCCGGCUUCAUGGGAGUCACUGGGGGCGAUGCAUUGGAAAGGCCUACAGUUGAGCUAACCAUGCAACGCUACAUCGCGUUUGCGAUCAAGGAGAUGACAAUAUUCUACAUGCACCGCGGAUUCUUCGCUCGGGCCCUAGAAGAGUGUCCCGAAGACCCGAUGGGCAGCAAAUACGCAGCGUCGGUUUUGGCGGCGUAUACCAGUGCUUGCUCGUUCGUGGGGCUGAUCCAGAGCCUCUACCAACAACACCCAAUCCUCACCGAACGAAUGUGGUUUCUCUUCACGCAUGUGUUCUCAUGCACCAUUGUCCUAGGAUCAAUCGCUGCAAAGACCCGAAUGGCCUUGGCACCGUCUGCCCUCUCACAUCUCGAAACGGCUUCAAAUCUCUUUUCUCAGGUAGAACACAAUCCUCGGGCACAAAAGGUCUUGCCGAUCCUGCGAAAGUUAACGGCCCGCGCGUACAAUGCGGCGCAUCCGAACUCGCCCUUGGUCAAGCAGGAGAACGAUGUUUUCGCUGGCCUCAGCGGUAAGACGCGGCUGAUCUCCCGUAGGACCCCGUCAUCGCCAUCAUCGCCGUCCCACACUUCAAGCCCGACUUCCCAGCCGGCGUCACCCCCUCCCCAACCCACCGUGUCAGAACUUUCUCCGAUUUUCCAGCAGCCGCCACUUGUAACGCACUCGUCAUGGCCUCCUUAUAACGCUCCGCUCCAGAACUUUGGCACUUUCAGCCCUAACACUUCGUAUUCACUCUCUCCCCAAGGCGUCCACCCGCAGCCACAGCAGCAGGGUGCCUACACCUAUACAGCGCAACAGGAAGAGAUGAUGCAUUUCCAACCGAACCCUGCGUACUACGCAAGUAUGAGCGGAGAUCCCAUCAGCAACAACACUCGCAUCAAUCCCUACUGGCAGCAAACUGAACACGUAGCACAGAGCUCAAGCGAGCUAUUCACGCCGCACGAAGAGCUGAAUAGUUCGUGGCAGAAUCUGCUGUCCCAAUGGAAAUGA